UCUGUUAUACACGUUUGGAUUCCAGCUGGGGCCUGUGCUAUCUGGGGGCCACAUCCAGGGAAGAGGGACCAUGUGGCUGUCCUCAGCUCUGCUCCUUCUCUGCCUUGAAGGCUGCUUGUCUCUAAUGGGCCCAGGCUAUGUGACCGGCACCGUGGGGGGCUCUCUGUGUGUGCAAUGUCAGUAUGAACAAUCGUACAAGAACAGUAAGAAAUACUGGUGCCGAGGACAGUUUGACACACAAUGUGACAUUAUUGUGGAGGCCUUAGGAGGAAAGAAAGGGAGGAGUGACCGUGUGUCCAUCACGGACCAUACUGAUGACCUGACUAUGACGGUGACCAUGGAGGACCUUAGCGAAGACGAUGCUGGAUCUUACUGGUGCAAAAUUCAGACCUUCUGGAUCCUAGAUGCAUGGUCACGUGACCCCUCUGUGAAGGUUCAGGUGUACGUUUACCCAGCAACGACUCCCAUGGUGACCACCCUUCCAGCCAUGACCCUCCCACCAGUGACUUCUGGACAGAACUCCAGCAUCAGCACCAACUCCCUGCUCUCCAGCUUCCACUUCCAGGUCCUGGUCUUCCUGAAGCUGCCUCUGUUUCUGAGCAUGCUCUGUGCUGUCUUCUGGGUCAACACUCUUUGA